AUGAGGGUCACCACACCACUUCUGGGAAAGGGCCUGCUAGGCCGCAGCAUGGAUGAGCUGCGAAGGCGCACUAGCAUCGCGCUGAAGAUGGAAGCAGUGAAAGGGCCGCUUGGCCCUCGUGCAUUGUACGAAUUCAACAGCGCCGAAUCGAUACGAGAUUGUAUCCUCAUGUCCGACAACUUGAUUGGCGGCUCUUCAAAAAGCCACCUCGACUUCAUAUCUUCCGACACCAACUCUCCCGCAAAGAACACCAACUCCUCACCAUCAUCAUACGCCCGCUUCCACGGCCAAAUAUCUACCUCCCUCCCUGCGGAUCGACUGAACAUCCAGCGCAGCGGAUACGCUGCCUUUCGCACACCCGACCAAGCACCGACUGUAUUCGGCCGAUCGGUCUGGGAUAUUGACCCCUAUGCGUAUUUGGCCCUGCGGAUCAAGUCAGAUGGGAGGUCGUACUUUGUCAAUCUGCAGACUGAGGCGGUGGAACCUACGGAUCUGCAUCAACAUCGCUUGUUUGCCAAACGGCCUGGUCAAUGGGAGACUAUUAUGAUUAAAUGGAAUGAUUUUGUGAGGACGAACCACGGAUUUGUGGUGGAGCCACAGACGGAGAUUUUGAGACAGAGAGUGAGGACUGUUGGUAUUGGGUUGACGGAUCGUGUGGAGGGCCCGUUUGAGCUGUGUAUAGAGAGGGUGUGGGCUACGAAUGAGGUUUCUGAGGGGGCGACGGUGGUUGAUUCGGGAGGAAGUGAGUUGAAGAAUAAGAAGGGGGAGAAGAUUCAGUGGUAG